AUUAUUGGUUAUUUUUCAAGACAAUGUGCGUGGAUUACACACACAAUAUUUUAAAAGCUUUAUUAUCAUUUUGUGUUCAAUAAGUACAUAUCCAUUAAUAUUAGAGUGUUCAAUAGGUACAAGCCAUAGUUGAGGUGUCUAAGUGAAUUAUGUGGACAACUUUAGGGGGCCGUAGAUGACUUAAGCCUUUUAUUUAAUUCACUGAUACAUGUUAUAGACAUGUAUCACAUGUUUUUCAUGUAGUAUGAAAUGCUGAAAACUGAAACCAUGUAUCAGUAAGUUAUUAGUUGUUUUAUUUAGUAUUUAUAUUUCUAUAUCAUUUUAAUUUGGGGUUUUAUUUUCAAAUUGCAGCCACUGAAGUACAAGAUUAAAAAGAUACCAAUACAUCCCAUAAGGUUUGCUGUCAAUUUUAACAACAAUUUCCUAAAGGACUUUGAAAAAUACAUAGGGGAGAAUGUUAUCCAAAUGUUUAAGGAUACACUUUUUGGACCCUUUUUAGACAUUUCUAAAUGUAAUUUUCAGGGCCAAAUAACUAAGUGCUUAUUGCUUUUAGAAUUGGAACAAAGCAACCCUAAUGUGUUGCAUAUUAGACAUUCCAACGGGUGUGUCCUGAAAUUUGGUAUAGAUGAAUUUGCAUUAUUAACAGGACUUAAGGUCAGAGGAAAUACCAAUGAUUUCAAAUACCCAGAACAAACUAAUUGUAUGCUUUUUCAAAAGUAUUUCCCUGGUGCAGUCAAUAGUGUUACAAAAGCAUCCACUAGUUCAAAGGUUUAAGAUGGGUAAUUGGGAGAGCAAUCAGGAUGCACUCCAAAUGUCUAUACUGUUCUUUAUUCAUACAUUUGUAUUAGCUACUGUUGAUAAUACAACUAUAUCUAUUGUCGACUUUCUAAUGGUUGAAGAUGGUAGAUAUUAACAUUUUCCUUGGGGUCAGCUAUCAUUUUCCAAACUAAUUGGUUCACUUAGACAGGAUUUUGACGUUAGUAAAAAGUUGUACCGAUUAUAUGGGAUGCCAUAUGCACUAAAUGUUUGGAUAUACGAAUGUGCAUCCAAUUUAAAUUCUGAAAUAGCUGUGAGAGAACGCAAUGUCAUCUCAAGAAUAUGCAAUUGGAGAGUUGUGUCUGAAAAGGCAAAGUUUGAAAUGCUUAUGUCUACCAUUUUCCAAGAGAAUGCAUGUUCAAACAUUAUCCCAACAGCAGAGGAAAUUGAAGCUUUUGAUAUUGCUCAAGUUGAACAUGCUCAUUCUACAUCAAUACCAUUAGUACAACCAAACGAGGAAGAUGAUUUAGAUAAUUUCUCCACAAAACCGCCCGAACAGUUAUUUAGGACAUAUUCUAGAGUUUCUGAUACAUCUCCUCCACCACUGCCAAAAAGAAGAAAAAAAUUGAUUAUUCAAAAAAAGAAGGUGUCAGAACAGAACCAGCCUGAUCAAUCAAAUGUGUCCCGACAUCGGAUGAUGAUGUACAUGUUUCCAUGUCAAGUCUGCCUCAACAUUCGAAUGCUGAUGAUGUACACGGUUCUGUUCCACAAGUGUCACCAAAAUCGGCUGCUGAUGCACAUGGUUCUGUUCCAGACGCUUCUCCGAACCCGGCUGCUGAUGUUCAUGGAUAUGCAAAUUCACAGAAUGUCAACAAUAAAAUUCCUCAUAUUGAAGAGUUGAAAUCAC